ACAGUUAAAAGUUACUUAACUCACCACAAUCUCUUAUUAAAGGAACCAGUUGCCAGUUCUGCUCCAGCAGAAGAAAACAAGGUUUUCCCAAUGGACUCUCUAGCCAAAUCAAUCAACCAAUUUGCCCUGGACUUCAGCAAAAAGCUGGCUGAAUCGGCUGAGGGCAAAAAUAUUUUCUUUUCUCCCUGGGGCAUCUCAACCUCAUUGGCCAUGGUAUAUUUGGGCACUGGAGGUACCACAGCAGCCCAGAUGGCCCAGGUUCUUCAGUUUAGCAGAGAUCAGGACAUCAAAACUUGUCCUGAAAGUGAGAAGAAAAGAAAAAUGGAAUUCGGUUUGAGCAAUGUUGAAGAUAUACACUCUCACUUCCAGACCCUUAUCUCAGAAAUAAGCAAUCCCAGCAAGGCUUACAUACUUAAAACAGCCAACAGGAUAUAUGGAGAGAAAACCUACCCAUUUCACACUAGAUAUCUAGAAGACAUGAAAACAUACUUUGGUGCAGAACCACAGUCUGUUAAUUUUGUGGGAGCUUCUGGACAAAUUCGAAAGGAGAUCAACUCUUGGGUUGAAAGUCAGACUGAAGGAAAAAUCCAGAAUCUCCUACCUGAUGAUGCAGUAAAUUCUGAAACCAGGAUGGUUCUGGUGAAUGCCCUUUACUUUAAAGGAAUCUGGGAACAUCAGUUCUUAGUCCAAAACACCACAGAAAAGCCUUUCAGAAUAAAUAAGAGUACAAGCAAACCAGUGCAAAUGAUGUCCAUGAAAGAAAAACUCCAAGUUUUUCACAUUGAAAAACCACAAGCUAUGGGCCUACAACUCUACUAUGAAAACCGUGACCUCAGCCUGCUCAUACUGCUGCCAGAAGAUAUCGAUGGCCUGGAUCAGCUGGAAGAGGCCACCACCUACGAAAAGCUGACUGAGUGGACCAGCGCAGACAUGAUGGAGUUGUACGAGGUUCAGCUGCAGCUCCCCAAGUUCAAGCUGGAAGAGACUUACAAUCUCAAGUCAACCCUGAGCAGUAUGGGGAUGAGCGAUGCCUUUAACCAGAGCAGAGCUGAUUUUUCAGGAAUGUCUAUGGGGAGAAACUUAUUUCUGUCCAAUGUUUUCCACAAGGCUUUUGUAGAAAUAAAUGAACAAGGUACGGAGGCUACAGCUGGCACUGGGAGUGUGGUGAGCACUCGAACUAGGCUCCCUUCCAUUGAAUUUAAUGCAAACCACCCGUUCCUCUUCUUUAUCAGGCACAACAAAACUGGUAACAUUCUCUUUUACGGGAGAUUCUGCUCCCCCUAGACAAUGGAUCUCUCUCAUUAAAAGAGACCAACUUCUGGUGUGAAAAGUGUACGAAAAGAUGGAGAAACACAAUUAUAAUAAAAACCAGUUUGCAGCUUGUUAUCUUUUUCCACAUUCGAAUGUUAGCAAAUAAACUUGAAAUAAUGCA